AUGGGCUGUGGGCAUAGCACGAGUAGUGAAGCAAAACAAAGCCCCACAAGCCGUGCUCCAACAACCAAGGCUCCUAUCAAACUCUUUUAUCUCCCAGGUAAUGUUAAAAUCACACUCACAAAAUUAGUUUCCGCAGGUGUAAUGGGCUCAGAAGCAACUACAACAACAACGAGUAAUUUCAAUUUAAAUGCUCGCUUUAUUGACAUACCAAAUCAUCGAUCCGUUCGCAAGUUUUGGGCUAAAGAAAUUACAAACAAAACAGCAGAGUGUGCAAUGUGCAUUUAUUUAGCUGAUAUUAGAGAAAAACCAUCAAUGCUACUUAAUAUCAAAACAGUUAACUGGUUUCUAAAGCAAAUUGGCCAAAAAGGUCAGCUUUAUCUAGUUAUAAUUUGUAACAAUGAAAUACAAUUAUCCGAAUUUAAAUCUCAUGUAAGUGCCCCAGAUCUUGAUCUCAUUGUUAUCAAAGAUUCUGAUCCCGAAACGGCAAUUCAAUUUACCGAAGUUGUUACUAGCGAAAUCAUCAAAUUUAAUGAAAGAAAGAAGAAAUACAACGAAGCAUCACCUAGAACUCACUAA